CGAAUCCAUUAACCUCUAUCCCUGCGUGCCGAAAAAACCGGUGUGCCGAAAAAAACUUUAUAGUUUAGGGGUAAACAGCUGCAUCGCUUGCGCAGUGAGUUGGCCCAAGCGGGAGUUCUCUGGUAAGAAUAAAGAGUAAUGUGAAUCUGUAGUGGGAGGAGAAUUACGGGAAUGGAAUGGCGACCUUUCACUGGCGCUCUUCAGUACGAAUUACAGCUGAGAACACUCGCUCCCAAGCGCCACCCGAUUUGCGUGAUGUCUGCUGCUGAGGCUGAGCUUCCAACACCGAAGCCUAGGAUUAAACACCACCUCCGGCUUCUCAUUCAGGAUAUACAUCUAAGACGACAAUGAGCACUGGCCCAGUGAAUCUGCUGGCACUCGAUGGAGGCGGCAUUCGUGGAGUCUCGGAGCUCCUCAUACUCGACGAGAUCAUGUCCAGGCUCAAGCACGACCUCGCCCUGACGGAACUACCACGGCCUUGCGAAUACUUCCACCUCAUCGGAGGCACAAGCACAGGAGGGCUAGUUGCACUGAUGUUGGGACGACUGAGGAUGGACACAAGGGAAGCCUUAGAACAAUACAAUACCGUUGCAGGCAAUAUCUUUUCGAAAAAAAACACGAAGUGGAAAAUUCAAGAUGGUACUUUCAAGGCGUCGACGCUCGAGGCUGAAAUGAAGCGUGUGGUUGCUGCACGCCCAGCAGGCAAUGCUGAGCUGAUGAUGAUUGAUGAGAGUUUGGCAGGUGGGCUGGGACGAGUCAUUGUCCUUGCUAUGGCUGCCAGCAACCUAGAAUUUCCGCGACGAUUUCGAUCAUAUGAGGUGCGUGAGAACCGAAGCAUCAACUGCAGGAUCUGGGAAGUUGCUCGAGCGACGACAGCCGCUCCCACAUUCUUCAAGAGGAUAUCAAUCGCGGAGCCAGGUCAGGUCGCAGAGGAUUUCCUGGACGCGGGCAUUAAAUGCAACAAUCCGGUCGAAGAGGUUAUUGAAGAAGCAAGGCUCAUUUUUGGAAAUGACCGACAUGUGGGAUGUAUUGUCAGCCUUGGUACUGGUCACCCAGGAACGAUUGGACUUGCUAAGCCAGACGCGUUCCAGAGAAUCCUUCCCUUGAAACUUAUCGAUACCCUGAAGAAGAUAGCGACGAAUUGUGAAGAGGUAGCAAAUCGGUUAAGUCGCAAAUUUGUGGAGUGUCCUGAUAUUUACUAUCGAUUCAACGUGACACAUGGGGCCGGAGUAGUAUCGUUGGAAGAGUGGGAGAAGAUGGAUGAAGUCGUAGGUCACACGAAGGCCUAUCUUCAGAGCGCGGUGGUAACUAAGGCGAUCGACUCUGUUGUGCGGGUGCUUCUCGAGCAGCAAAGACCAGGUGCACUAGCAGGGCUAGGGAAUGUCACUUUGGGUCAGAUAUGUGGUUCUCUGCCAACUCUUCUGCCCCAUAUAGCAUCCAACACUAAAUUGAUCUUCUCAGUCCCUUUCGAGAGAGACCCAAACUUUGUGGGACGAAAAGACGUUCUCCAGGAGAUCGACAAGAGAUUCGAAACUAAACGUCGGGUUGCGCUUUGUGGGAUUGGAGGAAUUGGCAAGUCACAAAUCGUUGUUGAAUAUGCCUAUACAUGGAAAGAACAGAACCCUACUGGCCAUAUCAUAUGGAUUCAUGCAAGUACGCCGGAAAAGCUGGAACAGGCUUAUAGAGGCAUUGCGCGAGAUUUGCAAUUACUAGGUUGGGAGGAUCCAAACAUUGAAAUCCUCACUCUGGUUGUACGAUGGUUAAGCAAGGAGGACGCCGGCCCAUGGCUUCUUGUACUAGAUAAUGCCGACGAUAUAGAGAUGUUCUUUGGACCGGUGUCACGCUCUCAAAUAGAUCGUCCAAGUUCAUCAUUUGCUGGCCUCUUACCCCGCCAUCCUCAGGGAUCUGUCCUCAUCACGACUCGGGAUGCAAGAGUUGGCCAACGACUGACAGAUCAAGAGAAAGCGAUUGAGAUCACACCAUUACCUCCUCUGGAUGCAGAGCAGCUACUGCAAGUGAAAGUGGCCACGGACAAGGGCACCAGUUCUUCCGAAAAUCAAAACCUCGUGGCGACACUAGGAUUCAUACCGCUUGCAAUCACUCAGGCUGCUGCGUUUAUCAAAGAAAACGGCAUGACUGUGGCUGCAUACACCAGAGACCUCGAAGCUAGUGAUAAUGACCUACAAGACUACCUCGACGAGAACUUGCCAGAUCCUCGCAGGGAUCCUACAAGUGAGAACUCGGUGAUCAGAACAUGGAAGUUAUCCUUCGAUCAGAUUGCUAAACAGAUGCCGCGUGCUGCAGACUUGCUAUCUCUCAUAGCAGUGCUGGAUUGUCAAGGGAUUCCGGAGGCACUACUGCGCCAGGAGACGGAUCGCCGGGUUGAGUUCAACAAAGCUUUGGGAACUCUACUAUCGUUCUCCUUGAUAUCUGUGGAGAAAGGAGGACGCGAGUUCGAAGUUCAUCGGCUAGUCCACCUCUCAACCCAAAAGUGGCUGGCCUUGCAGGGGUCACAGAGUAUGUGGCAGGAAAGAGCGCUAUUUAUGAUGGCGGCGAAAUUCCCUAGUGGCAGGCAUGGAACCUGGCGGGAGUGUGAAACUCUCUACCCUCAUGCUUUGAAGUCCCUCAGUUGUUGUUCUUCAUCCGAGAGUACACGUCUCCAACGGGCCGAUCUCCUAGAGAACUUGGCUCUAUACGAUGAAAAUCAAGGUCGAUAUGGUCUUGCUUCUCUAAGGUAUCAAGAAGUGUCUCGUGUGCGAGGAGCAGUGCUAGGCAAAGACCACCCUGACACGCUCAGGAGUAUGAACAACCUAGCGUUGGUCCUUCAAAUCCAAGGGAAGUACGAAGCCGCUGAGGAGAUGCAUCGGCAAGAGCUCCAGCUCUGCGAAACGGCACUAGGCAAAGACCACCCUAAUACGCUUAUAAGUAUGAAUAACCUAGCGUCGGUCCUUGAAAGCCAAGGGAAGUAUAAAGCCGCUGAGAAGAUGCAUCGGCAAACGCUCCAGCUCCGUGAGACGGUGCUAGGCAAAGACCACCCUAAGACGCUCACGAGUAUGAAUAAUCUAGCGUUGGUCCUUAAAAGCCAAGGGAAGUACGAAGCCGCUGAGGAGAUGUAUCGGCAAACGCUCCAGCUUCGCGAGACGGUACUAGGCAAAGACCACCCUAACACGCUUACGAGCAUAAAUAACCUAGCGUCGGUCCUUGAAAGCCAAGGGAAGUACAAAGCCGCUGAGAAGAUGCAUCGGCAAACGCUCCAGCUCCGUAAGACGUUGCUAGGCAAAGACCACCCUGACACGCUCACGAGCAUGAACAACCUAGCGUCGGUCCUUAAAAGCCAAGGGAAGUACGAAGCCGCUGAGGAGAUGCAUCGGCAAACGCUCCAGCUUCGCGAAACGGUACUAGGCAAAGACCAUCCUAACACGCUUACAAGCAUGAAUAACCUAGCAACGGUCCUUGAAAGCCAAGGGAAGUACAAAGCCGCUGAGGAGAUAUAUCGGCAAACGCUCCAGCUUUGCGAGACGGUGCUAGGCAAAGACCACCCUAAGACGCUCACGAGUCUCUUCAAUCUGGCAAGCACGCUCAUAAUGCUAGGCGAUCUUCCAGCAGCCGAGAUUCUUUUCCAACUUGAGUUAGAACGAUGUGAAGCUGUAUAUGGAGCUGAGCACUCCGAGACAAUCGAAAGCCGGCGUAACUUAGCAUCUUUGCUAGAGAAGCAAGGGGAAAUAAUUAACGGAGAGAUGUUGUAAUACAAUUUAUUCUAGACGCAAUAUUGCACUAUAACAGUAACAAUAGACAAGCACACGACGUGUAAGUCAAAAUGCAAUAACGUCUUUUAAUAUGAAAUAAGCUUUUGCCAAG